CCCUCGCCCUCGCGUGCGUGCGCGAACCAAGCCAUGGAGGAGGAAGGCUCGGAGGAGGCGGCGCGAAUCGCCGACGGGACUUCUUCCUCUCUCGCGCCGCACUCUUCUCCUCUCAACGUCCUCGACGACGUUGGCGUGGCGGUGCCCGUCCACUCCUCUGCUCCGCCGCGACCGCGACCGCACCCAGCUCCGCUUCCGCCUCCAUCGUCCAGUCCCCAUGGAGGUACGUCGACCUGGCCGAGUCUAUCUCCACCUCCGCCUCCUGCUCAACCUAUGGAGAGUUUGUCGAGCUCUGAGCUCUCCGCGGCCGCUGCAGCUCUCAGUCUCACGGACCUGGUCGCCACCACCGACAUCUCACCGCGCUCGCGCAUGGAGGAGACGGGGCGAAUCUCCGACGAAACUUCCUCCCUCGCGCCGGACAAGGAACUGAUGAUGGCUGAGCCCCAAGUACCCAAUCCGACGCCCGUCACCUCCCCCGCGCUGCCGCGGCGUCUGCCCCCACCACCGCCUCCGCCAUCGUCCACCCAUGGUCCUCAUGGAGGUACAGAAUCACAGCCGGGCCUGUAUUCGGGCGUACGCCACCGACCUGUUCGGCAUCACGUCAAUGACGACCGAGCAAGCAUCAAUGGCUUGACAUGGCUAAGCAUCCAAGAAGAAGAGGAGCUGAAGCAACGUGAGGCCAAGUUGAAUCAGAUUGAGAAAGAGCUCGGCAAUUACAUACGGGAGGCGAUCAAGUCUCGCCGUGAACUUGAAAUCAAACGGACAGAAGAUAUCAUUGAGCUCAAUCAAAGGAAAGAACAACUUGACCAACAAGAACAUAAGUUUCAAGUGGAGAAGGAGAAGGAUAGGUUGCUCAACACGGAGAAGCUGCUAGAUGAGAGAGCUCGUGCGCUUAGGAGACCAUUGAUUGAGCAUGUCAGAAACAAGGAAGAAAAUAAGCACGACAACAAUGUCUGGGACAAGAGACAAAACUUGAUGGCAAUUGCUUUGGUAUGCGGACUAUCAGUCUUGAUUUCAGUUCAGCCACAGCUACCACCGGAUUACCUUUCUUGGAUAGUUGGAGUUUUUGCUGGGUUGUGGGUAUUGGCCACCAUUGCCUUCCAGGAAGGACUCUUUGGGGUGUACAGCUUCCAAAAAACAUUCAGUCGCCAUGUCAGCCGGAUGAUAUUCAUAAGCUUCUGCAUAUUCGUCAUAUGUGUGUUCUACAUCCUGUCGGGUCCUCUUGCCCCAGUCAGCUUAUCAUGUGCUACCUCCUCGUCGCCGCCGCCGCCUCCUGCACCAGCCCCAAGCCCCAGUUUCAAGCUGGACGGACGUGUAGGGUGGUACAUUGGGCUUGGAAUUCUUGCAGUUAUUGGGCACAUUUUCUCUUGGUGUUUGGGAUGCACUGCAGGAGGUGACAAAGACGCCUAGGCCAUUUGAGAUUUGACAGUGGAUGUGGAUGUUAAUCGAGGCUUGCAGGAUGUGUCCCGAUCCAGGCUAACAUAGUUACCUGAAUGUUCCACAAUUUUCUCCAUGCAUGCACGUGCCACGGGGGGAAACUCUGCCUCAGCUUUUCUCCUUUUCCGAGAAUUAGCUUCGUGUAUGCUUGCUGGUUCGAUACGGUGGUACAGACUACAGCGUAUGCACUGCUGCGUCUGAUAUGUGUCCUUACCAGGGAAUUGAACGACAAGUGAAUGACCUUUCUUCCUUUUUUGUUUUCA